AUGUACGCCGAACCUGCCGCUCAAUGCUCGACCCCGACGACGAUCACGACGAAAACCUCUUGCUCGCAACGAUAUAUUUUAUGCGAAAUUGUCGGCAAAUUUGCGAUUGGAGAGGAGAAAUCUACGACAUGCCUAGCGCGGCGACAUCUCAAAAUCUUCUUCCUCGUCUUCGCCUUGCACCGCCUGCUCCUCGUCUACUUUUCACCGGCUACUAGAACUGGCAACGCAGAAAUACCGACUGGCACGAGCUCUUUUUUCGCUAACCCAUCACUGCGCAUUACAGUCAAGGUCGCCAUCAAGACCCGCAUCGUCACCGUCGAGGGCCCCCGCGGCAAGCUCGUCAAGAACCUCGGCCACGUUGCCGUCAACUUUGGCCACGCCUCCAAGAACACCAUCUCCAUUGAGAUCCACCACGGCAACCGCAAGAAUGUCGCCACCCUGCGCACCGUCAAGUCCAUCAUCAGCAACAUGAUUAUCGGUGUCACAAAGGGCUUCAAGUACAAGAUGCGCUACGUCUACGCGCAUUUCCCCAUCAACGUCAACGUCGAGCAGAGCAAGGACACGGGUCUCUGGGAGGUCGAGAUCCGCAACUUCAUCGGCGAGAAGAUUGUCCGCCGCGUGGUCAUGGCCGAGGGCGUCGAUGCCGUCAUCUCGACUUCGCAAAAGGAUGAGCUCGUCCUCUCUGGCAACUCGAUCGAGAACGUCUCGCAAAGUGCCGCCGACAUUCAGCAGAUCUGCAAGGUCCGCAACAAGGAUAUCCGAAAGUUCCUGGACGGUCUGUACGUUUCCGAGAAGGGCAACGUUGUGGAGGAGUAA